GACCUAUCAGAAGAUUUAUUAAACCUGAGGAAAUCUCCAAGGCGCAUCUCAGGGCCUAUUGAACUGCUCUCAGCCUCCGCAAUGGAAGAGCAGACAUUUCCGAGCUCUCGUCUUGUAACGCCGAAUUCCCAUAGUACGACCCAAAGAAUACCUAUCGGGUCAGAAACUACAGACGAAAACCAAAACCCAGAGUCAAUUACUUAUAUCGGUCGAUCACACUAUAUCGACCAAGACACUCUAAUCGACGAGGACUCAUCUCGCGCCUACCCAUCCUACCAAUCAAACGAGCUUACCGGACUCCGAGACUCCGUUCUGCACAUGUUCAAAGCAUUCGACCUCCCCCCACGAUCCAUCCGCCAAGCCCUCAUCGACAACUUCCUCCAAUUCUGCCAUCCAUGGACACCGAUUCUCUCUCAUGGCGAGCUGGAUUUUGAUUUCUCUGAAACAAAAAAGCAUCCCUCGCUCCUGCUCAUCCAGUCUUUAUUUCUGGCUGCGAGUAGAGCAUCGCCUUCACCUGGUGUUCUGGCUUUUGCAACACCGGAGCAAUUCUACCAGCGGGCAAAAACGCUCUUUUUCGUUAAUCAUGAAGAUAAUCCGCUAGCGGUUAUCAAAGCUACUAUCAUGCUGCAAUGGUAUACUCCCGAUGGACCGGAGCAUGUCUCCUAUGAUGCGGGAGAGUUUUGGCUUAAGACCGGUGUUGGGAUUGCGUACCAGGUGGGCUUGCAUAAGGAUCCUGGGGAGGGGCGAAAUGCCUCUAUGAGAAGGCGGCUUUGGUGGAGCUUGGUGGUCAGAGAUAUGCUCAUGUCAGUUGCGCAUGGUCGGCCGAGAGCUAUCAACUUCGAAGAUGUGAACGUCGCUCCUCUGUGUGCGGCCGACUUUGAGGACUGCUUACCUGGUGAUGCCGAGUUAUUCAUACACUAUGCGGAUAUCUGCUGCAUCCUGGGGGAUAUUACAGAAUCGUGUUCGCGGAAUUCAUUAACUAAAUCGAAAAAGGAACACUAUCAGAGCCAAAUAUUUCGCUGGCCUAGGGUCUUACCCACACACCUUCGAAUCUCUCAUCGCAACGCCAAUAAUGCAGACGAAUACUCCCUCUGCGGAUACGACCUCAACACGCGCCAACUACACAUCCCAUACUUCAUCAGCCUAGCCAUCCUCGGCCGUCCAAGCACAAGAAACACGAUAUCCGCGCAGGCUAUUCUGGCGGCGUCUUUCGUUGCGGGGAUUUUCCAGGAACUUCUCGUCCGCGACGAUAUCGGACACCUCGCUCCAAUUUUUACACGCUAUUGCGUCGCAUCAAGCUUCUUCCUCGUGUCGCUACGUCCGAUCCCUAAACUAUGGGAAGCGUGUCAGCCCGAUCUGGAUGUCCUGCGCUUAUGCCUGAAGGAACUCAGCAAGCGCUGGAAAUCAGCAAUCGGGGGGUCGAAAGCAUUGGAAUCGAUACUCAAUGCGCAACGACAAAAUGCGACCCCGGCGAUGAAAGACUUGUUGCCGCUCACUCGAGAGCAGCGGUUCUUCUUUGAUGGGUUUCCGCUCGAUCUUUGUCACAUGUGGACGCCUUGUACGACAUUCUAUGAGGGGGCGACAGCGAAAACAGCUCAAUCUUCGCAGUAUGCACAGAAUCAUGAGCUUUUGGAUUCGCCUCAAGGUCGCGGCGUUGAACCUAUUGUCUCUACAAUGCCGUUUACAUCUGCUGACGAGGGAAUAGAGGAAAUUCUACCAUUGGCAGAUUUCUUAGUUAAUGGGUUGGAUAGUUGGCUUAGCGAGGACGCAUGGGCUGCCUAA